GUUUUUAUUCAGAACAUAUGGAGCAGGAGUGAUAGGUUUUAUGAAAAUAAGUAUUACAACGUUUGUUUUUCCCUCCCCACGUUUUUCAAAAUCCAGUAAGCAAAUAUGAUCCCUCAACUGAUCAAUCGGCAAUAUGGAUUGACAACUGGAAAAGAAGAAUUUCCAGUUGAUUUCUUGUUAACAAAGCUAAAGUGUCAUCAAGAUGAUGAAUAUCCAGGGAUAUAUUCUACCUCAAAUUCUGCACCAAGUUCAGAUUUACUGUAUGCUUGUAAAUUUGCUCAAUCAACUGGUUUUGAACACAUUGUUGCACUUGCGAAUGAAGAUGGGAAGAUUGCUUUGCAAGACACCAAUAUUGUGGGAAAGUCAAGGCCCAUUCAUGGAUUUCAGGCACAUGAAAAUGCAAUAUUUGAUCUCUGUUGGGCCCCAUCAAAGUGGCAAAUCGUAACUGCUAGUGGCGACCAAACUUCAAUUCUUUUUGACAUUGGUAGUAGCUCAAUCAGUCCAAUUUCCAUCUUUAGAGGUCAUACAGCAAGCAUAAAAUCAGUUGACUUUUCCCCAACAAAUUCAUCUUUGUUUGCUUCUGGCUCUCGUGAUGGUUCCAUAAUGGUCUGGGAUAUUAGAGGAAGCUUCCAACUUAAAGCUGAAAAUGUCAUUAAAAAUGCUCAUCCCAUUCAAGCCCUUGCAGAAGUGAAAACUUCACGUACCAAACGGAGGGCCACCCCCAGUACUACCUCUGGUGUUAGCAGCGUCACUUCAGUCUUGUUCCAAAACGAUUACACCCUUAUAAGUGCGGGAGCAGCAGAUGGAAAUAUUCACGUUUGGGACCUCAGGAAGAAUUAUACUGUGUACAAAGGUGAUCCGUUACCGAAAAUGUCAAUUCCUUAUGGUGUAUUCACGUGCCGAAGUGGAAUAGCCAGCCUUUCACUAAAUCCAGGGAAAACCCUUCUUUAUGCUGGUGCGAUGGAUGACGUUAUUUACGAAUUUAACGUUGCGUCGUAUAAUGAAAACCCAGUCGGUGUGUAUGGUGGGCAUGAACAGCAUUCGUUUUACAUCAAAUCUUGUUUGAGUGGCGAUGGCAAGUACUUAAUUAGCGGAUCUAGUGAUGACCACGCAUACAUCUGGAAAAUCGGUGCAGGCCCUCAGCCACUGCUCAAACUCGACGGUCACGGUGCGGAAGUGACUUGCGUUGCGUGGUCUCCCAGCAACGUUCCAAAAGUCAUCACGUGCGCAGAUGACGUUCGGCACCGGAUUUGGAGAAUUAACACAGCAAAAGAAGCUCACCAUACAGAAAACGUAAAUGAGAUCAGAGGACGUGCUUAUAAAUUCGAUGCUCAAACUCCUAUUCCCAAAUCUUGUGAAGAAGUUUUAAAUAGGCUGAAAAAGAAGGUCAACAAUGUACCUUCUUUAGGCUGCAAAACCCCCAAGUCAAUCCUUAAGAUCAACCAAAAUACUCGCAUGCCCAAUAGAACCCCCGAUAUUCCCGCUAACUCUCCCUGCCCAUCAAAUGAACGGCUAUCAGUUUACACACCCCGAAUGGCACUGUCGCCCUUAAAAAGUAUUAAUGAACUGACUCCAAGUCACAGUGGCAAUAGUAGUAAUUUUAACCGAGCCGCGGCCUCCCGUCGACUAGAAAUGGAUGAGGCAAGUUAUGCUUCUCCUACUAGAGACCUCCCUAACUACGUAGCUGAUGGGUUGUCUCCGCACAGUAGAACCAGGUCUGGCACAAAGAGGAAAAAGUUAGAUUGGCUCACUGAUCUCAGUCGGAAGAUAACUCCGAAUUCACAUUCUAAAGGACGAAAGAUCAAAUAAAUUGCAAAUCAAACGUAAUAAUAUUCUGCCACUGUAAUUUACCGAAUGCCUUUUUUACAUAAAUAAAAGAACGAUUUUCCCUUUUA